CCCUAAUCAUAUACGAGUAGUAAUUUUAUUUUCAGUUGUCUGGUUAUUAGAAGAGAGACGUGUUCGUCGUUAUCCCCCUCUUCUUCUUCAAACCAAUUUAAAUAAAUCAUUUUCUGCACCGAGUUCUAAACGGUCGCAAGUAUUCUUUAGCUUUUUGAUUGAGGUUGUUGUGAUUUCAAGUUUUCGUGGUCGAAUUUGUUUAAUAAUACUAGCUGAAUUGGUAUAAGAUGGCGAUGCUUCGAAGAGCGGCGACAACUCUCAAUAGGAUCAUCAAUUUGAAAGUUGCUUCUACGAAUUGCAAUUCAUUUGCUUCACCAACUGUUGCACCUUGCAGAAUUGUGAAUUCACAGUUGGUUCCUGUGACAUAUCGAUUUUAUUCGAGUGAGAUUGAUCUUUCUGAUGUGGAGAGUAGAAGGCGUACGAUGAACAGGUUGCUGUAUCGAAGCAAGCAACGUGGGUUCUUGGAACUGGAUUUGGUCUUAGGAAAAUGGGUUGAAGAUAAUAUCCAUUCAAUGGAUGAAAAUAGAAUUAAAUCUCUCAUUGAAGUUCUUGACCUGGAAAACCCAGAUUUGUGGAACUGGCUGAGUGGGCAAGAUCAACCACCUGAGUCAGUCAGUGUGAAUCCUGUAUUUACUGCUAUUCGCGAGAAGGUUUCUAGCAAUCUAAACAGCCAUGCUGCUCCUGAGACACGAGCAGCACCAGGGAAGCCAUGGGUUAGAGGAUGGGAUGACAUUAAGAGAGGCAAAGACACUCCUGUCUCCGGAAAUCAGUAGUUCUAGUCGAUGAAAUUGUUAAAUUGCUUUGAAUAUUCCACCACACAGGAAAAUAAGGAUGAACUUCAGAUGUUUAUUUACCUGGUAGAUGAACAUGGUAAUAUAAUUAGUAUUUGUAAUGUAUUUUACAUAUCUUUAUAGUUGCUAUGCUGGGGGUAUACUGAUAUUCCAGUUAUAUGAAACUUAGUUGCACGCUUGUAUGUAAAAGUUUCUCUUCAAAUAAAUAAAUAAGUAAAUGAAAA